AUGUCAUCCAACCCAAUAUCGCAAGCAGCCUACGCGCACGCAGCAGCAGAACUUCAUCCCUCGAUCCUAGCCCACAGUCUCAGAGUACAUCUCCAUGCGACUCAGAUCUCGAAACAAGAAGACCUCAACUGGCACACGGACUCAAAGCAAUCUACUCUCCUCUUCGUGGCUUGCAUCUUCCACGACCUAGGUACAUCUUCAACAUACGACACAGGCCCCACACGAUUCGAAAUUGAAGGUGCCGAUGCAGCUGUAAACUUUCUCAAGCAGUAUCCGACGAUCACGGAAGCGGAGCGACACGAAGUAUGGACUGCUAUCGCUAUCCACGAUACGCCUCAAAUUGCGGAGCGGAUCAGUGUACUGCCCAGACUUGUUAGGCUCGGCGUGACUAUUGACUUCAAACGUCCGGCGGCGUUGGCGAUGGUUAGUGAGAAGUGGGUAAAGCAUGUGGAGACAGAGUUUCCAAGGGUUGAGAUUGAGAAAGUACUGGGCGACGCUGUGGUCGAGCAGGCUCUGAAAGUGCCGGAGAAGGCACCCGCUGCUUGUUGGCCUGGUCUAUUGUUGCGGGCGAAGCUGGCUGACCCGGAGUGGGAGGGAGUGAAUAAAGCUUUCUGA